AAGCUAGCUAAUUGGCGGUUAACCCUGUUGUUUCCAGGUAAAAAUGACGUUUCAGUUUUCGUUUGUCGUUUUCACGGGUAUAUUGGCGUGGUUAAUUAUUAACCAUACGGUGAUACUGAUGCUAACGCACCUCAAAUCCGUUAUUUAAGGACAUGUUUGAUAAAUAUCGACAUGACAGAGGGACGUCACCGCCGCAUCGACCUCAUUUCUCAAACUGGGGCACCUCGUCGUGUAUUCUGCUUGUUUAUUUGAGGUAAUAGGAAGCUAAUAUACAUGUUUUUGUGAAAACUACAGUAGCCAGUGUGCUACGAGCUGCUGCUGUGAGCGCAGCGGAGGUGACAUCACGCGUCUCCAGCGCUGACAACCAGGCAGCACCCGUUGCCCCCUCAAUGGACAGUAAUGACAGCCGGAGCACCGCAGCCAUUAGCCAAACAGCAUUGGAGUUUCGGGACAGUCUCUGCACAGAUCAUGCUGUGUAAUUACCUCUAAUCCCGCUGUGGCUCACAGCUGUGUGCGGCUGUCUCGCCUCUGCUACGCUGAUCCUAUGAACAGGCAACCUGCGCAUUUAUUCUGCAAAUUCAUGAUGGUGUCGCAGCUGGACUACAGUGAAAAAUGGCCCUUAACAUCCACCGUACUGUUGCACAAUAUGUAAUAGGCUACAUGUAAACAAGCUCUCCAAAGCGGUCAAGAUGGGAUGCAUCAGGGCUUGUCUGCAGAAAAUCAGACGCACGGUGAAGCUGAACCGGUUCAGAGAGCUGGGCCGACAGUAUCCAGUCUUCUGCUUUCUGCUUCUGCUCCUGCUGUUGUCCACUGUGCUUUUAAACAGAUAUAUUCAUAUUAUGAUGGUGUUUUGGUCCUUCCUGGCUGGAGUCGUCACUUUCUACUGCUCCUUGGGGCCUGAGUCUCUGCUGCCCAAUGUCUUAGUCUCCAUCAAACCAAAAACAAAGUUGUACCAACAGGAGCUGUUUCCACUGGGCCACAGCUGUGCCGUUUGUGGCAAAAUCAAAUGCAAAAGGCACAGACCGACUUUAUUACUGGAAAACUAUCAGCCAUGGCUUGACUUGAAAAUUCCCUCUAAGGUGGACGCUUCUCUUUCAGAGAUUCUGGAACUGGUUCUGGAAAAUUUUGUGUAUCCUUGGUAUCGGGACAUCACAGAUGAUGAGGCGUUUGUUGACGAGCUGAGAGUGACUUUGCGCUUUUUUGCAGCUGUGUUGGUCCGCCGAACUCAGAAGGUUGAUGUGGCGUCUCUCAUCACACAGAAGCUUCUAAAAGUUUCCAUGAAGCACAUUGAGAUAAUAAGCAAAGCAAGACAGAAAGUCAAGAACGCAGAGUAUCUUCAACAAGCUGCCCUGGAUGAAUACGGUCCUGACCUCCACGUAGCCCUUCGCAGUCGCAGAGAUGAGCUCCUUUACCUCAGGAAGCUGACUGAGAUGCUCUUCCCCUACAUCCUACCACCCAAGGCAACAGACUGCAGAUCUCUUACUCUCCUGAUAAGAGAAGUCUUGGCUGGUUCUGUCUUCCUUCCUUCAAUGGACUACUUGGCUGAUCCUGACACAGUCAAUCAUUUACUUUUGAUAUUCAUCGACAACUCCCCUCCCGAAGAAGCCACAGAGCCCACUUCAACAUUGGUUCCUUUCUUGCAAAAGUACUCUGAUAUUCGCAACAAAAAGUCCUCUGUGCUGAAGCUGGAGCUGAAGGAAAUCAGAGAACAGCAAGACCUUCUCUUCCGUUUUAUGAACUUCCUGAAGCAAGAAGGGGCCGUCCAUGUGCUCCAGUUCUGCCUUGCAGUCGAGGAGUUCAACGACAAGAUACUGUGCCCGGAGCUGUCUGACUCGGAGAAGAUGAUGCUUCACGAGGAGGUGAAGAAGAUCUAUGAGACGUACUGUUUGGACGAGAGCGUUGACAAGAUCCGCUUCGACCCCUUUAUAGUGGAGGAAAUACGCAACAUUGCAGAAGGCCCGUAUGCAGAGGUGGUGAAACUGCAGACCAUGAGGUGUUUGUUUGAAGCCUACGAGCAUGUUCUGUCCCUGCUGGAGAAUGUUUUCACCCCCAUGUUCUGUCACAGUGAUGAGUACUUUCGCCAGCUUCUGAGAGGGGCAGAGUCCCCUGCAAGGAACUCCAGGAUGAGCAGAAAUAGCCUCAGUUUGGAUGACAUUCGUUCCUGGGACUGGAGCCCCGAGUCCCCGUCCUCACUGUUCACCGCCUCUGGCAGCUCUUCACCUGCAUCUUUUAACUCCCUCCAUGCCCAGUCCACGUUCACAACUUUCCCAUACGGCUCGCUAUCCCACCGCCACUCAUCACCCAAGAACACGUCAAAGAGGGGCGAGUCCUUUGGGAUCAGCCGCAUUGGCAGUAAGAUCAAAGGCGUGUUCAAGAGCACAACCAUGGAGGGAGCCAUGCUGCCAUCCUAUGGGCUGGUGGAGGGGGAGGAUGAUAUGGUGGAGGAAGCCAUGAUGGUGCUGGAGGAUGACUCUCCCAUGGAGGCAGCCUCCACCCCCAGCACCCCCCGAAACCUCUCAGCCUGGAACAUCACCAUCCCAUACAUUGAUUUCUAUGACGACGAUGUGAAGAGGGAGAGGAUUCCUGUGUUCUGCAUUGAUGUGGAGCGCAAUGACCGGAAGGCAGUGGGACACGAGACUGAGCACUGGUCAGUGUACAGAAGAUAUCUGGAGUUCUAUGUCCUUGAAUCAAAGCUCACUGAGUUUCAUGGCUCAUUUCCAGAUGCGCAGUUGCCUUCAAAGAGAAUCAUUGGUCCCAAGAACUACGAGUUCCUCACAUCAAAGCGGGAGGAGUUUCAGGAGUACCUUCAGAGACUUCUACAGCAUCCAGAGCUGAGCAACAGUCAGCUCCUCGCUGACUUCCUGUCUCCUCACAGCAUGGAGUCCCAGUUCCUGGACAAGAUGUUACCCGACGUAAACCUGGGGAAAAUCAUUAAGUCGGUUCCCAGCAAACUGAUAAAGGAGAAAGGGCAGCAUCUGGAGCCCUUCAUCCAGUCCUUCUUCAACUCCUGUGAAUCUCCCAAACCCAAGCCCAGCCGUCCUGAGCUCACCAUCCUGAGCCCCACCUCGGAAAAUGACAAAAAGCUCUUCAAUGAGCUCUUCAAAAACAACGCCAACCGAUCGGAGAUGACUGAGAAGAGACACAAUCAGAACUACUUCAUGGAAAUGAUCAAUGUUGAAGGGCUGUAUGACUACCUAAUGUAUGUGGGCCGAGUUGUCUUCCACAUCCCCGACUGGCUUCACCACCUGCUGAUGGGUGGCAGGAUCCUGUUCAAGAACACGCUGGAAGCCUACACAGAUUACUACCUGCGAUGCAAACUGAACCAGGUGGUUCAGGAGCACCGACUCGUCUCGCUCAUCACCCUGCUCAGAGACACAGUUUUCUGUGAGAGCAGCGUGCCCCGUUCGGCUCAAGACAAGCAGAGGAGAGCGAAGAAGACGUUUGAGGAGAUGAUGGCCUACAUUCCAGAUUUUCUAGGGAAAUGUAUCGGAGAAGAAGCCAAAUAUGAGGGCGUACGUCUCCUUUUUGAUGGACUGCAACAGCCAGUGCUCAACAAACAGCUGACGUAUGUGCUGUUGGACAUCGCCAUUCAAGAGCUUUUCCCUGAGCUAAACAAGCAGGUACAGAAGGAAACCUCUGUGAUGGCGCCGUGGAUGUAAAAUGAACACUUUAAUAGACAUGAUCUGACAUGCUUUCUCAGCAUGAAGCCAAGAGACCUGCACAGACUGUUGCCAGCUCAGUAUGAAAGCAAACGUGAAGAUCACAUGUACAGUAUCUGACCUGGAUACAUGCCACAGCAACAAGAGUAAACACAAAGCUUCUCCUGCUGUGUGUGUCGUCUGCUCUGCAGAAUAAAUUAUAUAAAUAAAUAACACUGGUCCUUUUGUAAUAAGUCUUAACUAUAAAAGCCAGCAUCGUGCAUCUGUUCGACAGCUGCAGUCGAUUGUAGUAAAACUUAAGAAUCACUUGUUUCUACUUUUUCACACGUUGAUACAGUUGAGCUCACUGUGGUGCUGCAACAGAUGUGAACUGCUAUAAACAUAUCACCCCACAUUAACACCUCUGGCUUGAAAAGUGGCCCCUGUGGAGCUGAUUUUACAGAAUCAAAAUGGGAAACUACGAUUUUGACUGCAGCCACAAGUCCAGUGAAAAUAUUUGAUUGUUAAUGAUUUUAAGUUUUGAAAAGAAAAAGAAGAAUGUGGACCUCCAAAUCAAACUGCCUUCAUGAUGUAAAGCAUUCCAUUUUUAUCUGCAUUUUAAAAUUGAAAGCUUAAAUGUGCCCCUUCCUCUCAGCUGCUGUUGGUGUGCUGGUGCUGGUGCUGGUGUGUAGCUACGUGUUGCUGAGCUAUCCAAGCAAUAGUAAAGGGACCAUUUUUUUUAUCUAAGUGUCAGCACAUAAACUUUACUUAAAGUCUGGUAUCUUGAGUAAGUUUUAUAAAAAUAACAGGGACUUUUUUUGUAAAUUGUAAUUUCAAACAUUCAAAAAACUAAUAUUAUUUUAAACCAAUAAUUUAAAAACAUGGCUAUUUUUCAACCAAUAAUCUGUUAGAGCUGGUAUUAUCAUGCGUCUUGGGUGAUCCGAUCACAAGAUGACAGCUAUGUCUGUUUGUUCACACCACAUGUGUCUCGAGUGACCACUUGUGAUCAGAUCUCAGUUCCGCGCUCUAUAUGCAAAUAAACAUAUGAAUCAUUUCCGUUUGCAAACACCAAAUGUGUUGCUGUUUUUAGGAUUGAGACAAGCAGUCAUCAUCUGUACUUGUGAUAAAGGAACAUCCUCAUCUGGGGAGCUAUGUUUCAUCUAUUACUUGUGAUAAAAAACAAUCUGAAGCUCAAUUCUGAGGCUGUUCUGUAAAUCCUUUUCUCACGUCUUAAAUAUUGCCUCUUCUGAUUAAUCCAUAUACAUUUCAGGCUUAAAAUAACAACCUCUGAUUAGGUCCAGCCCACUUUAGAUGCAGGACCAUUUACCAUUUAUCUAAUUGCAGGGCUGCAGGCAGCAUAUCAACAGCCCCUUCUUGCCUCCCUGUCUCUCUUGCUCCGGCUCCAGAGAUGGUCCGUCAGCAUAGUAUCCGGUGGGACGUCAGAUAAACAAGGACGUCAGCUGAGUAAGCAGUCGUUUAAUGUGGCCCGGGACACAUAGCGUUCACACUAUUGAAAAAAAUGUUGCCACAAACCACCCAAGACUACUUCUGAGUCCACUUAUGACCCGAUCACCCGGGACACAUGUACGUACCAGGUGUAAAUGGAAAAGAUUAAAUGAGUAAUGGAGAGAAACCUUUUACAACUGUACAUAAAAUUCGAGACUCGUUUGUAUUUAUUACUGUAAGGAUGCACUUUAUUUCUUCACAUAUAAAAACAGAAUAUAUUUCCACUUUAAUUUUUUUCUAACAAGUUGACAAAAGUGCUUCAUAAAGGUGACUUUGGAGUAAACAAAAUAUGCAAUCAGAUGUUGUAAGAAAAACAAAAGUAAUUGUAUCAGCUCUCUGCGUUUUUUCUGUAGAGAUUAACAUGUCGACUAGUGAAGAUGGGGAGAGGCUCGUGCACGGUCAUGAGAACAAACAAAAACUCUUAUUUACAGAUCAUAUGUAUCUGCUGUCACAAUAAAUUUGUUUCUGUAACUUAAACAUACUCAAACAGCAAUAAUUCUCUACAAAAAAUAGAUUUGAUGAGCAAUCACGCUGCUCAUUUUUAAAUCUUAAUAGGUGGUGUCAAAUGAAAGUCAAAAAAUACCUUGGCACAUUCAGGUGCAUAAAUACUUUGGCUUGUUUCCAUGUGUUCCUAUUAAACGAGCGAGGGCAUGAUAUCGCCACCAGGCAGCUUUCUAUCUGUUCAUUAUCUCACUGCCUUGCAGUCUUUGGGCUCAGACAUUCAUAACACUUCGGUUCUUUCAGAUACACAUGAAAAAAUACAUUCACGUUACAGUCAACAAUGUUAGUAAUAUCCAAUACAUAUUUACCACUUUCAUACUGAAGUUAAUCCUUUUACACGUGUCAAUCAAUCAAUCAAUCAAUCAAUCAAUUUUAUUUAUAAAGCCCAAUAUCACAAAUCACAAUUUGCCUCACAGGGCUUUACAGCAUACGACAUCCCUCUGUCCUUAAGACCCUCACAGCGGAUAAGGAAAAACUCCCCAAAAAAAACCCUUUAACGGGGAAAAAAAAACAGUAGAAACCUCAGGAAGAGCAACUGAGGAGGGAUCCCUCUUCCAGGACGGACAGACGUGCAAUAGAUGUCAUACAGAACAGAUCAACAUGAUAAAUUAACAGUAAUCCAUAUGACACAGAGAGAGAGAGAGAGAGAGAGAGAGAGAUGCAGGUAAUGACAGUAGCUUACAACAACAUUAAUGAAAGUAAUAAUAUUAUAGUUAUAGUUCUGGUUACUGCAGUACAAUAUGUUGAAAGUAUGUAUUAAUACCUGGCAGUAUACAUGUGUGACAAUAAUCAUAUGUGUAUAAUAACAGAAGAAGUAUGACUAAUGACUAAUGAUGGCAGCAGCAGCAGGAGGCAUCUGGCGGGACCACGGCAGCAGCACAACCACACACGUCACGCUGUCCAGGCACCGCUGUGAUAUGAGUUAAUCUGAGAGACAGUGGAGCACAAAGGCUCCGGAGAAGAAGCCGAGUUAGUGACAUCCAGAAUGGCCGGGUUAGCUAGAUGCAGUAAUAGGAUACGAGAGAGAGAGAGAGAGAGAGAGAGAAGGAGAGAAGGGACCCGGUGUAUUAUAGAGGGGUCCUCCGGCAGACUAGGCCUAAGUCAGCCUAACUAAGGGCUGGUACAGGACAAGCCUGAGCCAGCCCUAACUAUAAGCUUUAUCAAAGAGGAAAGUCUUAAGUCUAGUCUUAAAUGUGGAGACGGUGUCUGCCUCCCGGACUGUAACAGGAAGAUGAUUCCACAGGAGAGGAGCCUGAUAGCUAAAGGCUCUGGCUCCUGAUCUACUUUUGGAGACUUUAGGGACCACGAGUAACCCUGCGUUCUCAGAGCGCAGUGUUCUGGUGGGAUAAUAUGGCACUAUGAGCUCUCUAAGAUAUGACGGAGCUUGACCAUUUAGAGCUUUAUAAGUUAACAGUAGGAUUUUAAAUUCAAUUCUGGAUUUUACAGGGAGCCAGUGCAGAGAAGCUAAAACAGGAGAGAUAUGAUCGCGUUUCUUUGUUCCUGUUAGUACACGUGCUGCUGCAUUCUGAAUUAGCUGGAGAGUUUUUAAGGACUUACUAGAGCUACCUGAUUAUAGAGAGUUACAAUAAUCCAGCCUUGAGGUAACAAAAGCGUGGACCAAUUUUUCUGCAUCUUUUCGGGUCAGGAUAGGCCUAAUUUUCGCAAUAUUACGCAGAUGAAAAAAUGCAGUCCGUGAGGUUUGUUUUAAAUGAGAAUUAAAAGAAAAAUCUUGAUCAAAUGUUACUCCGAGGUUUCUUACGGUAGUGGCAGGGGCCAGAGCAAUGCCAUCUAGAGAAACUAUGUCAUCAGAUAAAGAGUCUCUGAGUUGUUUGGGGCCAAGAACAAUAACUUCAGUUUUGUCUGAAUUUAACAUCAGGAAAUUGGUGCUCAUCCAAGUUUUUAUGUCUUUAAGGCAAUUAUGAAUUUUAGUUAAUUGAUUGCUUUCUUCUGGCUUCAUUGAUAAAUACAACUGAGUAUCAUCCGCAUAACAAUGGAAAUUUAUAGAGUGAUUUCUAAUGAUGUUACCUAAAGGAAGCAUAUAUAGAGUAAACAGGAUUGGUCCGAGCACAGAACCUUGCGGAACUCCAAAACAAACUUUAGUACGUAAGGAUGGUUCAUUGCGAACGUCAACAAAUUGAAAACGAUCAGAUAAAUAAGAUUUAAACCAGCUUAGUGCUGAACCUUUUAAGCCAAUUAAGUGAUCCAGUCUCUGCAGUAGAAUU